GCAUGCGUCACGAAGGAGUGACCCGGUCACGCGCAAAAAUAGGCAUAUAGGACGUUUAACUACUAAUUUAAUAAAGCAAAUUCGCAAAUUUCAUUUUAGGAAACACGCAUAUGAAUAUGAUUACCAGGAUGCCUCGUCUAAUAAGUAACACAUUUAUUAAUAUUUUUAUUUCUGUUGUCACGUAUAUAAACCAAUAAGAACCAAGUGUUGGUUGUCGCGAAUCUGCGGAAACUAUAUUGAAAAUAGAAGAGUUUGAGUUCAGGGAAGAGUGUCGAUGAUUAGUGUGAAGGCGUAGGAGGAACUGGGCGAGUUCAACUGUGAGGAUCGACGAAGGUUGGCAUAAAUCACAGACCAUGGAGGCUAAAGCAUUCUCACGUGAUUUGGGAUAAGUUAGCAAAACAUCAGCCUGCACCUGCGAAUAGAUCUCUCCUUAGAUAAGAGAACAAAUAAAUCACCUAGCUACCUUAUUCACUUUCAGUGUAUGAUGAUUCUUCUCUACAGCCUCCGGAGCUGCGGAGUUCUCCGCCUCGAGCUCUCAUUUUAGUGGUCGAUCACUGAAACGCAGGAUUGCAUCUUAAUGCUAGCAGGUGCACGCGAUGGGCACCACCCUGAGUGAACCUUGCAUUUAUGACAAGUUGUCAGAGAGUAUUGAUAUCCUCCGCCAGUCCGGAUACCGAUAUGGAAUGUCGGAGAGAGAGAUUGAAAAAUUCAUCAAGCAGGUUUUGGAGACGAACGAGCCUCGGAGGGACCCGCCACAGUUUCCAUUUCUUCGAGCCAUCAUAAAGUUUGUGGUUACGGUUGGCGUGUUGCUGGUUGCUGUCCUGGCCCUAACAUAUCCCCAGAGCUUCCCUCACCCAGGGCUCAUCAGUGCAGGAGCCCACAACUGGUCUUCUCCACUGAGCCACAUCAGACUCCUCUCUCUCCCCAUUGCUAAGAAGUACAACCUGUACAGUUUUCAUGCCUGGUGGAGAGUGGAUGGUAUGAAGCAGACUCUGCUGAACUGCUCUGGCUGUGCUGAUGUGUCUGCAGUGAUGGAGCUCCCCACAUUACUCACUGAGCAUGUACAUACAGGACCACACCCAGUGCUACUAAAGGCUGGGGAGUCUCUGUGGUUGAAGAGACAACAGUUGGAGGCACUCUACUCCACUCACUCUGGCUCCAUGACUGUGCUGUUGGAGCAGCAGGAGAAGCAGCAGCAGGAGGAGGAGGUGAUGUCCCAAAAGACGGCAUUCCCGCAGGGCCCAGCCAACUUCAGUCUGCUCUGGAGGUUUGACUCAGGUUCCAGGGAAGAAGUGUUCCAAUGGCUCUUCCCCAACGCAGUGGUUUGCCCCCUGGUGGAAGGUGCAGGAACUACGCUGCAGCGCUGCCGAGUGACACACAGCACUGGAUCUCAGAGCAGAGGAGCUCGUGUGAUGGGCUGGCUGCUGGUAGGUGAGGGCUCCCCAACUGUCCGGGUCCUGCCUGUUCAACACUGCCUAUCACAGUGCAGCUCCUUCAACCUGUGGCUUGGACCAGGGGAUCUAGUAUAUGCAGAUCCACACUACUGGCAGCUUGAGCUCUUCCCUGGCCAAGGGGAAAAUGUUGUGUGUGAUGGAGCAGCCCUCUGAAAGCAAAUCAUUUGAGAAAAAGAAACUGGCAGCAAGAAGAGGCAGAAAGGAUGAAAGAAUGAGCUGGAGCCACUGCUGAAGAACCCUGAAAUCAAGCUGGUACAGGCUGAUGUUAAUGUGCCGUGUUCAGCAUGUUCAUAGCUUCUGUUUUAGGGGAAAAAAAAGCAAAACAUUUAAAAUAAUAACCAUCACAAGGAAGUGAAGGAGAAACCUAUGGCAAGAUAUGCUGAUGUUAUGAACACUUGGGACCAAUGAAUGAGGGAUUUUUAUGAGCAAUUUGAAAUCAGCCAGAAGUGAAUUAAUUGCCUUGUUAAGUUGUUUUAGUUAUAUAAUGUGGGAACAUUAUGUAACUAAAGUUUUGAAUGUUGUGUUUAUAUGUUAAAAUACUAAUGACAAUGAUGUUUGUUUGUUUCCUUGCUAGUGAAUAUUUAAGAACACAAGACACAAAUAUGUGAAUUAAUGUAACUGUUCCGGUUAGAGGAUCAGAUGCCUCCAAAUUAUUUUGCUUCACUCGUAAAUGGUUUCCUCAAUAACAUACACUGUGUGCCAGUACUAUGUUCUCUGCAGCAUAGCUACAAUUGCCAUCGAUUUUCAGAUAUCCCUGCAUGUCUUUUUCCUUUUGCCUUUUGCAGAAAUAACACGUGAAAGCACUUUAAAAUAGUUGGAACUGUGCAUCAGUGCGCCAGCAAACUGUUUCCGUUUUCUCCAUUACUGCUCCUGAUCUCUUGCUUGUCUGUACCUUUCUGUAGAUAUUCACUAAUUCUCAACAGUAUUAUCCCCACUUUGUGUUACUUCAUUGAGAGGGAAGUGGCAUGAUGCUCCUUUACUGAGUGUUGAGAGUCUAAGCAAAAAUGCCUUGGCUUCAGGCUGUACUCUUGUGUAGAAUUUCCCACAUUAUCUAAAUGGAGAGCAACUCUUGGCCUGGCUCUUGAUGCAGCAUGUUUGUGGCUCAUUAAUUAGAGUAACAAGCUGAUACUGCUGGCAAUGUUUAUUUUAAGAAUAAAGUGUUUAUAAUUAUUGUAAUAAAUAAUAUGAAUAUAAAAUGGUCGUUCUGGUACAACUGCGGGAGUUCUAAUGUAAACAAGCACUGCUGUUUAUAAAGAUUUUCCUUGAAAGA